AGGAGCCACCGCGCUGGAUUAAAACAUCAACUUCCGGUGUCCUGGCGGCGCUCCCGCAGACGGUCAGAGCUCUCUGGUGGGAGGGAGGAUCCUGAAGGAGAAUGGCCAGCUCUGGUCCUCAAGACACGGUGUGUGGCUCAGUGACAUUUAGGGAUGUGGCUGUUGACUUCUCUCAGGAGGAGUGGGCCUGCCUGGAUGCUACUCAGAGGGUCUUAUACAGGGACAUGAUGCUGGAGACCUACAGCAACCUCGUCACAGUGGUGGGAAGUUCCAUUUCCAAACCGGAUCUGAUCACCUUACUAGAGGAGGAGAGAGAGCCCUGGAUGGUUGUGAAGGAAGAAACAGACAGGCCCGGCCCAGAUUUGGAGUCCGAUUAUGAAGCUCAAAAAAUAUCUGUGGACAUUCAUAAUAUGAAUCUACCCAAAGAGAGCAUAAAGCAUAUAAGUAAAAAUUGUGACCUCCAGGGCUCCAGUUUUAGUAAUGGCCCCAACUCUAGUACAAUCAAGGGACUACAGAGCUGUCAAGAUGACCAAAAGAUUACUAAGAAGAAAAAAAUGCCUUUAUAUACCAGCCAGACUCUUAAUCACAAUAUAGAAAAAGAAUAUGAAUGUAUAGAGUGUGGGAAGUGCUUUGGUUGUAGUUCAAAUCUUACUCAGCAUCAGAGUAUUCAUACCGGAGAGAAACCCUAUGAAUGUAAGGAAGGUGCAAAGGCCUUAAAACCCCACCAACAGCUUACAAGACAUCAGAAAUCUCACAGUGGUAAGAGACCUUUUGAAUGCGAGGAAUGUGGUGAGUCUUUCAAGCAUGAAUCCAGCCUUGUUCAACACAGGAUUAUUCAUUCUGGUGUGAAACCGUAUGGAUGUAAUGAGAAUGGAAAAGCCUCUAAUUGCCACUCAAAGGUUAUGGAACAUCAGAAGAUUCUUUCUGGUGAGAAACCCUCUCAAUGUAAGGAAUGUGGGAAAGCCUUCACUGUUCUAACACAGCUCAUCAUUCGGACCCACAACAGUCAUACUGGAGAGAAAUCAUUUCAAUGUAAGCAGUGUGGCAAGAUACUCAGUACUGGCUCAUAUUUUGAGCAACAUCAGAGUAGUCAUACAGGUGAGGAAUCCUUUGAGUGUAAUGUAUGUGAGAAGGCUUUUAGGCUUCAGGCAUACCUUUCUGAGCAUCAGAAAACUCACACUGAUGAGAAACCUUUCAAGUGUAAGCUAUGUGGGUCAGCCUUCAGACGUAAGUACCACCUUACAGAACAUCAGAGCAUCCAUACUGAUGAGAAACCCUAUCAGUGCAAGGAAUGUGGGAAAUAUUUUCGUCGACGUUCAAAUUUUACUGUUCAUCAGAGUAUUCACACUAAUGUGAAACCCUUCAAGUGUAAACACUGUGGGUCAGCCUUCAGACUUCAGUCCCUACUUACACAACAUCAACGAAUUCAUACUGAUGAGAGACCCUAUCAGUGCAACGAAUGUGGGAAAAACUUCCGUCGUCGUUCAAAUUUUACUGAGCAUCGAAGUAUUCACUCUGGAAAGAAACCGUUUGAAUGUAAGGAAUGUGGGAAAGUCUUUAGACUUAAUAUCCAUCUCAUUCGCCACCAGAGAUUUCAUACUGGUGUGAGAUCUUUCGAAUGUUCGGAGUGUGGAGAGGCCUUUCGUCUUCGUGCCCAUCUUAAGAGCCAUAAAAUAAUUCAUUCAAAUCUAAAACUGUUUGAAUGCAAGGAAUGUGGAAAGUCCUUCAAGCGUGUCUCCACCCUUGUUCAACAUAGGAAUAUCCAUGCUGGUGUGAAGCCAUAUGAAUGUAAUGAGUGUGGGAAAGCCUUUAAUCGUCGCUCAAACCUCACGCAACAUCAGAAGAUUCAUUCUGGUGAGAGACCCUUUCAGUGUAAGGAAUGUGGGAAAGCCUUCACUGUUUUGGCACAGCUCACUCGGCACCAGAACAUUCAUACUGGAAAGAAAUCAUUUGAAUGUGAGCAAUGUGGGUCAGCCUUCAGACUUCAUUACCAACUUACUCAACAUCAAAAAAUUCAUACUGAUAUCAAACCCUAUCAGUGCAAGGUAUGUGGAAAAGGCUUUGUUCGUGGUACAGGCCUUAGAAUUCACGAGAAAACACAUACUGGUGAGAAGCCCUUUCAAUGUAAGGAAUGUGGGAAGUCCUUCCGAAUUCAUUCUGAGCUUACUCAACAUCAGAGAAGUCAUAGUGAAGUGAAACCCUAUCAGUGCAAGGAAUGUGGAAAGGGCUUUGUUCGUGGUACAGGACUUCGAAUUCAUGAGAGAAUCCAUACUGCUGAGAGGCCCUUUCAGUCUUAAUGUGGGGAAACCUUUUGAUAUCAUUACCAAUUACUUGGACAUUGUAGAAUUCAUACUGACAAGAAUCCUUAUGAAUGUAAAGAACAUGGGAAAUACUUGUUUUGAAUACUAUAAAGCACACCAGAGAAUUCACACUGGUGAGGAACCUUACCACUGUUAAAAAUGGGAAAACACCUUUAAUCCCAGCACUUGGGAGGCAGAGGCAGGUGGAUCUCUGUGAGUUUGAGGCCAGCG